AGAAGCAAUCUGGAGAUCAAUUCCAGCAUCGAUUGCGUCUAGCGUCAGUAUUCCGAAUAUUCACGAAGUUAGUGAGUCUCUAGCUCAUUUCGCGCUAGGAGGAGCGAUGGCGCCCGGCAAUAGGAGUUUCCCGUCUUCCGCGUGUGUUUUGGUGGCGCUGUUAACUCUUCUCUCCAAUGCUCGCGUGCGAUCCGGCGCAAUAUGGGGCGCAAUUCUCGGCGACGCGUCCUCCCUGCCCGAGCUCUCGUCCUACUCGAGCACGGCGCUGCUCGAUCCGUGGUUCGAGCUCUUCUGGAGCGUCAACGCGAGCGACGGAACCAUCCACGUGGCGUUCAAAGCGCAGACGGCGGGAUGGCUUGCUAUAGGCAUCUCCGAGAUAGGAUCCAUGGUCGGCUCAGACCUUCUCGUCGCAUGGGUCGCAGAGAGCGAGGGGCGCGCGUAUGCGACGGACCGCUUCGUGUUCAACAAGACGAGCGAAGGCGUCGCGUUGGACGCGCAGCAGGAUUGGCACGUGGUGGGCGGCAGCCAGACCGCCGACCAAUCCACGGGCGCCACGUGGACCACCGUGCACGUGUGGCGCCAGCUGGACACCGGCGACUGUAACGACCGCCCCAUCGUCGCCGGGGCACCGUCCUACGUCGUCUGGGCCAUGGGUACCACUGAUGACGUCAGCUACCACGGGUCCACCCGCGGGGCCUCCCCUCUCCUGCUCGCGCCUGCUCCCGGCCCCUCCAUCAUCUCGCCGGCCCUGGGCUCCCCCUCCUCUUCUGCCUCCUCCCCCUCCUCUUCUGCCUCCUCCGCCUCCUCUGCUGCCGCAUCAAGUGAUGCUGACGCUGCUGCUGGUGCUACUGCUGCUGCUGCUGGCGGAAGGCAGGCGGGGCAAGGGAAGGUGCAGCGGUUUCUGAGCCUGACUUUCAAUUACUAUCACUUGCCCGCGGACCCCACCACGUAUCUCUGCAAGGUGGUGGAGCUGCCCCUGAUGGCCAAGACCCACGUGAUAGAGUGGGGCCCAGUGCUCAACACCACUCUCAACUCCUCUCAGAUCUCAGCCGUCCAUCACUCCGUCAUCUACGGCUGCAGACCCAUCGACUACCCGAAGCUCCCCCCCACGGGAAAGGUGAUCGACUGCAUGCGCACGGUGCCCUGCGACACGGUCGUGUCCGUCUUUGCGGUGGGCGGCCGCCCCUUCGCCCUCCCCGACAACGUUGGCUACCCCAUCGGCCCGGGCUACUUCACCAAGUUCAUCCUCCAGGUGCACUACACGAACCCCGAGGGCCAUGCCGGCAUGGUGGACAGCUCGGGCAUGUACUGGAUGCUGGCGGACGCCCCUCGGCCCGUGGAGGCGUCCAUCAUGAUGCUGGGGCCCGUGCACUACAACCUGCAGAUCCGCAUCCCCCCCGCCAUGCCCUCCUGGACGCAAGUCACCACGUGCCCGGGCGUGUGCACUGACGAGGUGUUUCAGAACGAGAGCAUCAAGAUCGUUGGAUCGAUGCUGCACAUGCACGGGCUCGGACGGCAGCUGUACACGGAGGUGAUCAGGGAUGGCAGCAAAGUGGGCAGCAUCAGCCGCCUCGACUACUACGACUUCGCAUCGCAGCAGACCAUGCCCAUCAUGCCCGAGUACGAGGUUUUUCCCGGCGAUGAGCUGCGCACCACAUGCGUGUGGGACUCCUCCGCGCGCACCACGGUGACAAGAGGAGGUCCCAGCAGCGACGAUGAGAUGUGCAUCAACUACCUCGUGUACUACCCCGCACGGAAGGGGAAUGAAAUGGUGAUGUGCUUUGACUACUGUGCCGGCAAGACCAACUAUGUGUGCGGUGCGGGAGAGAGUCGUUACAUCCCCACCAACCAAACCUGCAACAUGGACUUUGGCUCCGAUGCGCCGCUCGCUGCCCUCCAUGGCUGCCCUGCGCAGUCCCAGGCAUCACUGUCAGCCCUUCCACCCGAUGCCAUCUCAUCACCUCUGGAGCCACCCGCCCAGCCAGCUUCCUCACUGCCCGCCGCUGUGCCUUUGCUGCCUGGUAGUAGUGCCAGCGGUGCCAGCGGUACCGGCAACACCAGUGGAAAGCCCGCGCAGGCAUUGGCGUCCAGCUGCCCCGGCGCGAUGCUGGUGUUACUGUGCUGGUGGGUUGCCCUUGUGAUGUGAUGGGAUGGGUGAGGUGAUUGUGGCGCAUGAUAGUGAGGGUUGUGAUUGUGACUUUUGAGGCGACUCAAAAGUCGCAUGAUAGUGAGGGUUGUGAUGUUCGUUUUACUCUGCUUGUUUGGUGCCCCCUUGGGUGGGGUAGGAUGGGUGCAGACAGGGUAGCUGCAUAUAUAGCAUCGCGUAGAAGUAGCCUUCGAGGGCUCGAGAGGUCCCGUGUGAAACAAAUGUUUAUGAAGUGGACUAUGAAGAUGGUUUUCUAUUAAUUUUCCUCAAUGGUGG